ACUAGCGAAUCUGUCAUUCUUUCCGUAAACCAUUUUGAGGCAAACAAUUUCAUAAAUUUUCUCGGUGUUUAAUUUGUUACCAAUUAAUAACAAUGGAUGACGAUUUUGAUAAUGAUGAAGUUGGCGGUGAUGAAUUUGAUGAUGUCGAUGAAGAGGACAACAUCGAUGACAUUAACCAAGAUGAAGAAGAAGAUAACAUUGAGAUUAUUGCACCAGGCAGUGCUGGCGGUGGUGUACCAAAAUCUAAAAGAAUUACCACAAAGUACAUGACUAAGUACGAACGUGCGCGUGUACUUGGGACACGUGCCUUGCAAAUUGCGAUGUGUGCACCGAUUAUGGUAGAAUUGGAAGGUGAAACGGAUCCAUUGCAAAUUGCUAUGAAAGAGCUUAAGCAGAAGAAAAUUCCUAUCAUCAUAAGACGUUAUUUGCCUGAUCAUUCGUACGAAGAUUGGAGCAUAGAUGAAUUGACUAUUGUUGAUCAUUAAAUAUUUAACGUCUUAGUUGUAAGAUUUUUGCUACAAUUGCCUUUAAUAUACGAAAUUAAUAACACAUUAAAAACAUGUAGCAAUAAUAAAAUGUAAUCAUUAAGUAAUUUUAG